GGUUAAUUACUGUGUAAACUAGCAAAUAAGGUUUACAGUGAGAGGUAUCAGAUUCAGAUAUGGAAAAUUCUUGUCUCAAAAUUUAUUGCCUGGUCUUGGCAAUGUUGACGUUUUCUGAAAUAAUGAUCUCCAGCAGUCACCAAGCCAUGGCCCAAAGCUGUGAGGUCAAUGUGCUUGGCCUUGUAUCACAAUGCGAGAAGUAUGUUCGUAAAUCUGGGGCAAAGUCUAAGCCAUCAUGGGAAUGUUGUGCAGUGGUCAAGACUGUGGAUGUGCCAUGCGUUUGCAAACUUGUUACUAAGGAAAUUGAAGAUGCAAUUGAUGUGGACAAGGUGGUUUAUGUGGCAAGGUCAUGUGGCAAAAAGGUUGCACCAGGAACAAAAUGUGGAAGUUAUACAGUUCCAGGGGCAUGAAAAUGGGAGAAAAAUAGAGAAGGGAAAUGUUAGAGAUCUUACAUACAUUUAUUUAUUUGACAUGUAUUAAUGUAUGUUUCUUUUCUUUAAGAAUAAACAGGCCGAUUUUACAUCACUCAAAAUUGGCUCACUUUAUCUUACAAGCAAUUUCAGGCAAGCCUAGCUCCAGUCAAUCUUUAUUAGCUCGAACAUUU